UCAGAAUACACAGUCCACAAUAAUUAUUGAGCUAUGGUGAAACAAGCGUUGGAUUUUUCACGAAAAUAUGACACUGACUUCACGUUCGUGGACCACCGGUGAGAAAGCAUGGAGGGCGCGGACGGAAGCGACGACCUACUGCAGUGGGAAGCGCUUUACCUACAGCUGCCGGCACACAAUUCCUCCAACACCACCGAGUGGGUCCCCGCAUGGAACGUCAGCGAGUCCAACAGGACCUGGUGGGACUCGUCCGCGCCCUUCGACUCCCCCGCAGCGCUAUUGCGGGCAGCCGUCAAAGCAGUUAUUUUGGGACUGCUUAUUUUGGCAACUGUAGUCGGUAAUGUGUUCGUUAUAGCCGCAAUAUUGCUCGAAAGACACCUAAGAAGUGCCGCGAACCAGCUCAUACUGUCCUUGGCUGUUGCGGACUUGCUGGUUGCUUGUCUGGUGAUGCCACUCGGUGCAGUGUACGAGGUCGCGCAGCGGUGGACCCUCGGUCCAGAGCUAUGUGAUAUGUGGACAUCGGGUGAUGUCCUGUGCUGCACGGCAUCCAUACUUCAUCUUGUCGCGAUAGCACUCGAUAGAUACUGGGCUGUGACAAACAUAGACUACAUUCAUGCAAGGACAGUACGUCGAAUAGGUUACAUGAUCGCUUGUGUUUGGAUCGCCAGCUUCUUGGUUUGUAUUGCACCACUUCUUGGUUGGAAAGAUCCCGAUUGGAAUCGUCGAGUUUCACAAGAUUUGCGGUGCGUAGUUAGCCAAGACGUCGGUUAUCAAAUAUUCGCGACAAUGUCAUCUUUCUAUGUCCCAGUACUAGUUAUAUUAAUUUUGUACUGGCGAAUAUACCAGACGGCCAGGAAAAGAAUACGAAGGCGGCAUGGCGCGACCGCGAGAGGUGGCGUGGGGCCGCCGCCCGUACCCGCUGGCGGGGCGUUAGUGGCGGCCGGGGGGAGUGGUGGAAUUGCUGCAGCUGUUGUGGCAGUUAUCGGUCGACCUUUACCUACUAUAUCAGAGACUACAACGACUGGAAUGACAACAGUUUCGUCUAAUAACACCAGCCCAGAAAAACAGUCGUGCGCGAAUGGGCUGGAAGCAGAUCCCCCUACGACGGGGUACAGCGCAGUCGCUGCUGCCUAUUAUCCUACAUUAGUGAGACGUAAACCAAAGGAAGCCGCAGACUCAAAGAGAGAGAGGAAAGCGGCAAAGACAUUAGCAAUAAUAACCGGCGCGUUUGUAGCGUGCUGGCUUCCAUUUUUCGUGUUAGCUAUAUUAGUGCCGACGUGUGAUUGCGAGGUGAGCCCGGUGCUGACAUCUCUGUCGCUGUGGCUAGGCUACUUCAAUUCGACGUUGAACCCUGUAAUAUAUACCGUGUUCAGUCCGGAAUUCAGGCACGCGUUUCAGCGGUUGCUGUGCGGCCGCCGAGUGCGGCGCCGCCGGCCUCCGCCCUAGCUGUAGGAUUGUACUCGUACACGUGUCCCUAGAGCCUUCGCCCCAACCCGACUGACCUCGUUAGCUCGAUACAUUAUGUUGUCUUGUUACAUUUUCAGAGAUAUAUUUACACCCUGUUUAUUUUUUGUACGUGAUAAAUGUGAAUACUUAUUUAGAAAUAGAUAAAAUACCUUUAAGUGAUAAUAAAUAUACAUUAUAAUUUAUUCAAAUACACAUCCUAUUGUAAUAAGAUAUUUUAAGUACAAUAGUUUUUACUGUGAUGCAUAAAAGUUUUAUAUAAUUAUAAUAUUUUAUGGUAGAUUUACUUAUACUGUAAAAAUCUACUUAUUUCAUCCCGAAAAGAU